AUGGUCCCCGUCUGCAACGCUGGUGACAACACAAUAUUUAUAGCGAAGAGUGUGCCUGCGUCUCGCCGAGGGCCCUGUCCUUGCGCCGGGGGGAAGACGACGAAGCAGCAAGUUCUGAGGUCAGGUCUUGGGGCAGAGGAGACGGCGCGUGCCUUGUACGGGAGCGAGCAGGAGUACACUUGCCCGAGAUGUGAAUCUGGCUUUAUCGAAGAAGUCACAGAUGAUUCCAGUUUUCUAGAUGGCAGCGGCAUAGACGACAGCCCAUCCACACAGCUCGCAGAGCUUUGGGACCAUUUGGACCACACAAUGUUCUUUCCUGACUUCAGACCCUUUCUGAGUAGCAGCUCACUGGAUCAAGACAGCAGGGACAACGAGAGGGGCCACCAAGCCCACGCCGACCUCUGGGGACCAAGCCGACCCCCGCGAUUGCCCAUGACGCGGAGGUACAGAUCCCGGGGCAGCUCGCGCCCCGACAGGUCUCCUGCUAUCGAAGGAAUAAUACAGCAGAUCUUUGCAGGGUUUUUUGCAAACUCAGCGAUUCCUGGCUCACAACACCCUUUUUCCUGGAGUGGGAUGCUGCACUCGAAUCCUGGGGACUACGCGUGGGGACAGAGCGGCCUUGACGCUAUUGUCACCCAGCUCUUGGGGCAGCUGGAAAACACGGGACCACCUCCGGCCGACAAGGAGAAGAUCUCAUCUCUCCCGACGGUGACAGUAACUCAGGAACAAGUUGAUACGGGUUUGGAGUGUCCUGUGUGCAAAGAGGACUACACAGUAGCGGAGCAAGUUCGGCAGUUACCGUGCAAUCACUUCUUCCACAGCAACUGCAUCGUGCCGUGGUUAGAGCUGCACGACACGUGUCCGGUGUGCAGGAAGAGCCUAAAAGGGGAAGAUUCGACUCGGCAAACACAAAACCCCGAGGCCUCAGCGAGUAACAGCUUUAGCAGUGAAAGCCAACUACACGAUCGAUGGACUUUCUGA